CACAAGUGGUGCCUGAUGUUUGUCACUUGUGUGUGAGUGUGUGUUUGUGUUUAGCUCGAUUGUCUCUGUAAUAACUUAUUGUCUGGAGUAAAAUUUAAUUAUUGAGUUUUACAAAGUUCCUAAAAUAUUGUAGCUUUUACAAACGUUCUAUAUCAAAUUCAGAAAGAAUUAUUGCAUGAACUAUCAACGACACUAUAACUAGAUGCUUCCGUGUAUCAGGGAUCUGGUAUAGCUCUCACCUAACCUAAACACUUUGCCAUCAAAAGGGCAAAAUCAAGGUAGGGGAGCUAAAAUAAUAAUACAGAAAUGGAUAUCUUCAAUAUCUUGAACAAACCAACCACGUCUCACGUUCCUGCAGCUCGAGGACCAGUGUUUGAUAAGAAAUGGAUAAGAAACAGAGAACUUGGUUUCAAACCCAAAGUAGGAACCCAAGAUAAAUUUAUGAAUUGUCUUUAUUCUUCUGUCAUGCCUUGCAGUACUUGGGAUCACAACUCAAGUGUCAAGAGUGCAGUACCUGGAGGCAUUUUCAAUCUUGAAUUUUCACCUGAUGGAUCUAUGCUGGUGGCAGCUUGUGAGAAGAAGAGCAUACUGAUGUUUGACCCUCUCUCUCGAAAUUUGAUCCGUGCUAUUGACAAUGCGCACAAUGACUGCGUAAACUGUGUUCGAUUCCUGGAUUCGCGUGUGUUCGCAACGUGUAGCGACGACAACACAGUAGCCCUGUGGGAUGCACGUAACCUGAAAUCUCGAAUAAGGACGCUUCAUGGUCAUUCCAAUUGGGUGAAGAAUAUCGAAUUUUCACCCAACGACGGCCUUCUAGUCACAUCUGGCUUUGAUGGUAGCAUAUUCACAUGGGAUAUCAAUAGUUAUCCUGAAAGCCAGUACUCCUACAACAGAGUUUUCCACACCAACGGUCUGAUGAGAACCCGAUUAAAUCACGACGCCUCCAAGAUGAUCAUCUGCACAACUGGUGGCUACCUCAUUAUAAUACACAACCUUGAUCUCAAAACUCUAGAACAGGAUAUGAUCGGCUUCAAGCCAAACAUGUACAGACUGAUGCAGUUGAGUCAGACGACAAUACCAGUGGUUGCAUGCUACACCCGACUGUUUUCCCGACACCGGAAAACCAAUCGACUCGAAUUUAUCACCGAUUUUCCCGAGGGAGACGAAGCAGAAGUUGUUUCCUCUCUUCAGGUGCAUCCGGAGGGCUGGUGCGCACUGAGCCGAAACAUCAACAACGACGAGAGCACAGAGUGGACAUGCAUCCACGACAUCCAGGAGAGAGAGCCCGACUCGGCCGCAGCCGCAGACGAAUCGGACGCAGACGCAGACGAACAGGACGACUCAUCAUCCGACGAAGAAGACGACAUCUCCGGGUCGCCUGAGGCAUGCGCUACAGACGACGGAGGUGAAUCAGGAGGCGGAGGCGGAAGCGGGGCAAGAGCGGAUGCGGAGCGGGAACGUGAGUUUGCGCGGAGACGAGCGCGUUCGGCGUCAGGAUCGGCCUACCUCUUCCGCGGAUUCCCCUCCGCCGACGCGGGUGACGCCGCCUCCGGAAACCCUUCCGCUUCCGCCAAUCUGUCGCCCAUCAACACGGACAUCUGGGAGGCGUUGGUCGCCAUACGCGAAGUCAGGUCGCAACGCGAACGCCAGCGUCGGGACGCCGAACACCGUGCGGCGAACGGUGGCGUCGAAAUGACACUGAACAGUGCUUUAGAGACGCGCAUGCGUGUGGUGCGUAUGACGAGCGGUCUGCCGGCCGACUCAAACGGCGCCGGAUACUUCCGCAGCAGCGAAACAGUGUUCCCCGAGACUAGCCAUCGUCGCAUACUUCGUCGGCGACCUGCCACCGGGCAUUCGGUGAACAUCCAUUAUUAUACUUGGGCAUGUUGCAGGUCGCAACGCGAACGCCAGCGUCGGGACGCCGAACACCGUGCGGCGAACGGUGGCGUCGAAAUGACACUGAACAGUGCUUUAGAGACGCGCAUGCGUGUGGUGCGUAUGACGAGCGGUCUGCCGGCCGACUCAAACGGCGCCGGAUAUUUCCGUAGCAGCGAAACAGUGUUCCCCGAGACCAGCCAUCGUCGCAUACUUCGUCGGCGACCUGCCACCGGCAGUGACGCGAACAAUUCGCGUGAACAUUCGCGCGAACGCAGUCGCGCCUCCGAUUCGGCCGCCAAUAGCGAUUCGGCGCCGCAGCAGCCUAGAGUCACAACCAUCACUUACAACUUUAUGAGAUACGGUCGCCGCAGACGCUAUCGCCAGGAUAGAAGCGGAAGCGGCGGAGACAGUGGAAACGGAAGCGGUGACUAUGACUUGGGGGCGGGCUCACUGACGCGCGUGCGCAGUCACGCGGUGGUCAUUCUGGGCGGCAGCGGAACCGGAAGUGCAACUGGAGGCCGCAGACUGCACCAGGUGAUGGUUUCGCCGUUCGGGUCCUAUCGCAGCGAAAAGAAGUUGAUGCGUCGUCACAAGAUACAUCAGAAUGUGCCGCGACUCACCCACUACAUACAGGAGCCCAAUCUCGGCAAAGGCUUCAUCAAGGAGCUGUGCUUCUCGUCGGACGGCCGCCUGAUCUGUUCGCCGUUCGGCUACGGCGUUCGCCUGCUGGCCUUUUCGCCCAACUGCAGCGAGCUGUCGGCGUGCGUGCCCGCCACGGAGCAGCAGCAGGCGCCGCCGGUCAAGCUGCACGAGGUCGGCACCAACAUCUGCCACUCGGACAUCGUUGUCAGCACAAAAUUCUCGCCGCGCCACUGCCUCCUUGUGUCCGGCUGUCUGUCCGGCCGCAUCGUGUGGCAUCAGCCUGUCAUACAACAAUAAACGAAACAGGACUAAGGUCAGGUACCUAACCUAACUUUUUAGAAGCUUAUAAACUGUGGAUAUUCUCUGGAACUGAGAGUAGACUAAGGUUAGGUUAGGUUCAACCUAGCCUAAGGCCCGGUUGCACAACAGCCGGUUAAAUUUUAACCGUGAUUAACUUUACGACAACCAAUCAGAGAAGGCGUUUUUGAAAAAUCAUCUUGGUUCUUGUAGAAUUAAUCCCGGUUAAAAUUUAACCGGCUGUUGUGCAACCGGCACUUACUUUAAGAAGUUAUGAAUUAGGAUUAUUAUCUGGAACCUUUGCAAAAUAACUCUAAGGUUAGGUUGUAUUUAAUCCACCUAAGUUCCAGAAGUUGAAAACGUUGACUGUACUCCGGAGCCUGUGACUUGGGGCAUGGGUUCUCUGUCACUUUCCUAAAUAUGUGACACAUUCAUUUGUUUCAAAACAAGAUUAAUGUCAGGUUAGGUUUAACCUAACCUGACUUACAGAAGUUAAAAACUUUGACUGUUCUCCGAAACCUGUGACUUGGGGCCUGGAUUUUCUACCACUUGUAGGCUGAUAGAUACUAACUAACAUCAACCUGUCAAACAGAAAUAAACGCUCAAAAGAAAAAACAUGUUAUGAAAUGAGAGCAUAGUCCAGAUCCCAUUAAUCUGUCUACAAACUAGUUAUCAAAAGACCUAGUUAUAAACUGGGACUAUUAUGAUAUCAUGAAUUUGACGUUGUUGUAUCUUUGUUGUGAAUGUUUUUUUCAAGUCAGAGAAUAUUAUAAUGAACACUUAUGCAGUUAAACUUAGGCGAUUUUUUUAAUUGAAGGAUGGUUU